AUGGCGCUCAAGAUCGUCCUCUGCGUCGCCCUGUGUGGCCUCGCAAGCUUUGCUUCUGCUGCUGGCAGGCCCAUUCCCAGCAAUCUCAUGGCCCUCUACGAUCAUGCAAAGGUGCCGCUGAUCCCCUCCCGGAAAUUUAGUGGGUUCCUGUACUGUGGUGACUAUGAAGGUGUGGUCUACCUGAAGGGCCCCAAGGGUCGUCUUGGAGACAUAGAUGUCGACUGCGAUGGCGCCAACAGGUCAAAGGGAGAGUGCGCCAACGAUCUGACCGGUCAGGGGCAGACCUCGUUCAAGGACGAGGUGCAAGGGUACGGGCUCGAUGACCUCGACGCCAACUUGCAUGGUUAUGUCGUCUUUGGCAACGAGGGCAAGAGACCCUCUUACCUCCCUUCAGAUUCAGGCAUUGAGCCCCUCAGCGUUAUAGCAGUCGUCUGCAACAACAGACUGUUCUAUGGCAUUUGGGGAGACACCAAUGGCAACACAGAUACCGGCGAAGUGUCCAUCUCUCUCGCCCGGGCCUGUUUCCCAGAAAACAACCUAACCGGCAACAACGGCCAUGAAGACCACGAUGUUCUUUUCGUUGCCUUCAAGGGCGAAGGGGCCAAGCCGGGUGCGAAUGGCGCUGACUGGAAGGCGGACAACUUCAAUAAAUUCGAGGAAUCUCUCGCUCAUAUUGGGGAUGGGUUGGUUGCUAAGAUUGGCCCCAAGGCCUCCGAGUCCACGGGCGUGGCGAUGCCAACACCCAGCAGCCCGCAUGGCGGACUGAUUACUAUCACCGUCGUGCUGGUCACUAUCGUCGUUAUCACGGGAUGUUGA